AUGUUGACCACAGUGUUUCUGUCAGCGCUCCUGAUGCUGGGAUUUGUUGGAGGGGCAGCGGCGUCUGACCUCUACAGGAAAUCAAUCCACAGCGAUAAAACUUUGUUGGGGGGUGAAGACGGGAGACAAACAGUGAGGAGACUGCCGCACCAACAAACAAAAAGUGAAAUCCGAAAGAGUUUGGAUCUGGAGAGCUUCCACAUGCGCGUGACCCCGACCACCAGCAAAAUCAGCCUCCCGACCAUCAUCAAGCUCUACCCGCCCACUGUCAAGCCUGGCCACAUGCACGCCAACAUGCCCAUGCGCUUCGGGAGACAGAUCGACCCCGAUGAGGACAAGGCACCAAACUCCCCCAACAUGCCGCAGAGGUUUGGACGCUCCCGGGGGCGAAUGUGCACCAAGUGUCCUCCUGUCCACCUAGCACCAAACCCAGGGCUGCCUCAGAGAUUUGGGAGAAGGAGUCUUUACUGGAGCCUCCUUCAGACUAUGGCCACUGAGCACCUCCUUAAAACUGGAUUGCACUGGGCUGAAGACUUCACAUCUAGCUCAGAGGUGGAAAUGGAAGAAAAUUCCAUGUUUAAAGUCAAAGUUUAA